AAUAAUGAUAAUUCAUUAAAAUAUAUGAAAUUAUUGAGUUCCGAUGUGACAAAAAAAUAUAGGUUUAGUGCGCAUGCGCAGUUCGCUGGCGACACUCCGGUCAGAUUGAAACAGGUGAGCUGCAGGUGUAUCCCGGAAACUAUAGAGAGAAAUCAACUAAAUCAGCCACGAUGUCUCAGGGUAACCUGGAUCAGCAGUUUCAGAACCAGGUGAAUGAUGUUUUCACCCGGCUACAGAGCAAGCAGAUGUUUCAGUCUGACUGGGACAUCGCCUCCUUCGCCAUUUUUUUCAUUUUCAUCGGUAUGGUUCUGCUGCUCUUCAUUCUGGUCCUUAUACGCUGCUGUUGCUGCUGCUGCCUUUGCGAUGAGAAGCCUAGAAGACAUAAAGUGGGAAUCGAUAACAUGGCCAUGGAGCCGUAAAGCUCAAGACAGAUGUCCUGAAUAUUCAUGAUGCCUUUCAAAAUACUCUUUAAAA